AUGUCGUCACCGGAACAAAGUAUCACGCUUGCCAAUGUGGAGCGCUUUCUUGGACCAGGCGAGACGAGCAGACCUCCUUCUGUAUCCUGCGAAGUUUCAAAAUCUCCAUACGCCUCCGACGUGUUGUAUGUCAACCUUCGCGCGACUGCCCCGUUGAAGGGCCUGUCAACCGGUCAGCUCGACAAGCCGCGCAUUCGAAAGUCUUGGAAACCGGACCGCGCUAAAGAUGCCGCUGAGCUUCACUUUCUCGGCUUUCAGUGUUCAGAGUUCAGUCUUCCCGUGCGCGCCUGCGAUGCGGAGCUCAAGUUUGAUUUUUUUAGUCGCCCUGGUUAUGUCCGCCCUCGCUCUGUGUUUCCUCUUAUCGUUAUGAGUAGGGCGACAAGCGAGUGUAUUAUGUUAGCUCCUGUGGAUUCUUUCCAUGAUCAAGUUCUGUCUAUCGCGGAUACUGAGGAAGGUCCCAGGGAGCUACAGUGGGGAUGGUCUGGCGAUCUGGAUUGCGUACCAACGGGGUUUUGCACGACUUUAGCUAUUAUAACUAGGCGUUCUCCACGAGAACUUAUCAAAACGUGGGGUGCACUGGUACGCGAUCACGCCAAGCGUCAAGGUGUAAUAGUGAACAAUCGCGGUAGAUACGAUGACGUCAGUGUUGGGAAGCUCUCGAUGUGGACAGAUAAUGGAGCCUCGUACUGGUAUAGAACUGAAAAAGGAAUGGACUUACCCAGUACGCUUGCGGCAACUUUGGAUAGCCUCGACGACAAAAAUAUACCCGUCGCGUGUGUAGAACUUGACAGCUGGUUUUACAGACAUGAAAUAACUAGGAAAGUCGCGGACGUGGGAUACCCCAAUGUUGUUCCACCGACAGGAAUGCUUCGUUGGGAACCCCGUGAAGAUGUUCUCGGCAAGGAAUCCAUCAAGGGGCUCCGUAAGCGGUUGGGGAAUCGACCACUCAUUCUCCACAGCAGGCACAUCUCCUCGCAAUCUGAUUACCUUUCCGAUUCUUCCUUUUCUGGCGAAACUUGGUGGGUAGAUAAAGACCGUGCUCACCCUGCAGGACCGGCCCUGUUCGAGAGAUGGAUGCAGCAAGCAUAUGACUGGGGCGCAACAACAUUUGAACAGGACUGGCUUGUUGAAAUUUAUCUGGGAGUGCGUGAUCUGAGAGCAUAUCCAGGACGUGUUGAAACAUGGCAGAAACAGCUUGACAGAUGUGCCAAAGAGAGAAAUAUUAGCUUGAUCUGGUGCAUGGGGACUCCCGCAGAUAUGGCCCACGCCGCCUCAUUGCAACAAAUCGUUGCCAUGCGCUCCUGUGAUGACUACCGCUACGCUAAAGACCCGUCUCUUCUAUGGAGGUGGCACUUGACCACGAGCUGUCUCAUCCGUUCGCUGGGCUUGCUUCCGUUCAAGGAUGUAUUCAUGUCACACACGAACAAUCGAACCCUCCCUGACAUUGAUGGGGAUCCCAAUGCUCUGCUAGAGGCAUGCUUAUCGGCCUUUUCUGCUGGACCAGUUGGAAUCGGUGAUCGUCUAGGGAAGACUAAUGGUGACGUCGUACUGAAAACGUGCCGAGCAGACGGAGUACUCAUCAAGCCAGAUGUACCCCUCGCUGCCCUAGAUCGGUCACUUCGGAAUCCCUCUGGUUUACUCUGGGCAGACACAAAUUGCCAGGCCUGGCGCUAUGUCACAGCAAUUCGAACUGGUAUUCGUACAGAACUAAAGCCUGAAGAUAGAGCUCCAAUGACGGAAAUACUUCAAUUGCACUCGACUGCCUUGAUCUACAACUGGAGAACAAAAGAGGCAGUUAUUGGUGAUGCCGUCACAGCUUCACUGGAAAUGCACGACUGGGGGCUCUGGGUCAUGUGCCCACUCAUUGGAGCGAAACGUGGCCUUGCGUUGAUAGGAGAUGCAAAAGCCUUCGCAACCAUGGGAGACAGACGAUUCCGUGUUUUCAAUUCCAUGGAUAGCGAGGUCGCAUAUUCCUUCGAGCUCUUGGGUGUGUAUGAGGAGAUGGUUGAUGUAUCAUUCUGGUCAAAGAAUGGCGGCGUGCAGAUGAAAUCAGUGCAAAUUCCUGGAAAAGGAUGGAUACACUGUUCUUUAACUCUGGACCAGAACGAGAAUGCCGUACUUAUGGCACACUAG